AUGCCCACACCAGCCGAGCUCGAGCUUGCUGCGGCCCGCGUGAAUCUCUGCCUCCGUGCUGAGCGCCAGCUGCUCGCGCGCAACGACCAGCGCCGUCGGCUGCCCGUGACCAUCGUCACUGGUUUUCUCGGCGCCGGCAAGACGUCGUUGCUGCAGCACAUUCUGCAGCACAAACUGAACCUUCGCGUGGCUUGUGCCGUCAGUGACUUGGCGGCUGUUAACGUUGACGCGUUAUUAGUGGCUAAUAAACAAACGGGCCGCUGCAACAAACUGUUUCAACUGACAGCUGAUACCGGUAAUCGGACGGUAACUGCGCUGAAAGACGUUGUGUGGCAACUGUUGAACGACGACAAUGGUAACAUUAUUGCUAGUGCCCAUCCUCGUAUGGGCGACAAUAAUGGUGCCCAUAAUAGUGACAAUCAUGACAAGGCUGGCGAUUUGAGUCAUGUUGACUACCUCGUCAUGGAAACUAGUGGCACGACCGACCCGACGCAGUUAAUUGCAGCCGUGCGAGAGAAAUUUGGCAAAAUGACACGUGCGCGUCUGGAUUCCGUGGUCGUGGUCGUGGAUGGAGAUGCAGUCGCUCAAGAUGCAGGAAAAGGCGUCCAGCCAUGUGCUGUGGCUAUUCAGCAGCUGCAAUGCGCUGACGUCGUGCUGCUGAAUAAAGUGGAUUUACUCGAUGAAGCGAACCUGGAGGCAGCUCGACAAGUUGUUGCACUGUACGCUCCAAACGCGCAGGUGUACGAGACCACGUACGCUCGAGUGUUCUUGCCACAUGUGCUGGAUAUUGAAGUGCCGGAAAUAGCGUUUAAUGGAAGUGUGAGCCAUGAAAAUGUUCCAGUGCAAUGGAACUUGAAGACUGGUGAGGCUUUGAACGGUACGGGCACUGCAGGCAGUCGUCGACUACGCGUGGAACGGCCAUCGGACUUGGCGAGCAAAAACGAUGACGCAGUGGGUACGCAGAGGAUGUCGUUCGAGUCGGUGGUGUUCGAGAGUCUGGUACCGAUUCCACUUGCAGCAGUGCACAACUGGCUUCAGCAGCAUCGACCAAAGGGAAUGCUGCGUGCCAAAGGAGUCAUGUACAUAGCCGAACUGCCACAAUAUCGGUUCGUUUUGCAGAUAAGUGGGAAGCAACGACUGGACGUUGUAAACACUGGGGUGUGGCACUCAACGCCGAAGACCCAAUUUGUUGUGAUCGGCUGCAAUGGUGUCAGUGAUCGCUUUGAUAAGAAGCAAGCUGGUGAACACCUUGAAUUGUGCUUUUCACGAUCGCUGGAUGAGAUGGAGAAUGAGAACAAACAGACACGUGCUCAAUGUCUGGCAAAACUCCAAGCCGAUCACCGCUUUGAAACGCUUCUCAUACCCGAUCAACCUACGAUAGUUGCGUUUCGUUUGUCGUGCCCUACGUCGACAGUGGAUGGCGCAAUGCUUCGUCACCACCAUCACAUCGAUAUGAACGAGUUGACAAAGCAUUUAUUGCGAGACGUGAAUGCCUCAGGAGGCGGUUCUUUACUGCUCUGCGCCUCAAAGUUAUCUCCAGAUGAUGCUGAAAAAGUGUUUGCCGUGGCGUCUACCAUUGGCCUUGCAUCGGUACUGAGUAUGUGGGAUGAAAUCAGUCUCCGCGCUGAGCUGAUCAUCCACGAAGUCAAGAAAAAGCUCGCGACUUGUCUUUGCGGUUUUUAA